AUGUCCUUGAACGCACCAAGCCUCUUCAACGUACCACCUGGCGCAGUGGCCGAUGUUCGUAUCAUCGACUGCACCGCGAGGGUCAAGAGGCUACCGGCCAGUUUCUUGAUGGAGCCGCCUCUGAGCGGUAUGGAGCUCCUGCCCGACCUCCCAUCGUGGGCGUUCCUCAUUGAGAGUCCGACGGGCAAGAAGGCCUUAUUCGACCUGGGGGUGCCACCAAACUUUCUCGACUUUUCGCCCUUCAAUCAAGAGCAGCUGAGAAAUCCUGCCUGGGAAAUUCGCUCCGAGAAGCAUGUGGCGGACAUUCUUAGGGAGAGUCGGAUUGACCCUGCUUCAGUCAAUUCCAUUGUUUGGAGCCACUGGCAUUUCGACCAUAUUGGAGAUCCUUCGACCUUCCCUGGAACAACUGAGCUUGUUGUCGGCCCUGGAUUCAAGAAAUCUUUCUAUCCAGGGUACCCAACUAUCGUAGAUGCGCCUGUGCGAGAAACAGAUUUUGCAGGCCGCGCAACGAGGGAAGUUCGUUUCGACAACGACCCUAGGCUUCAGAUCGGGCAAUUUAGGGCGUUGGACUUUUUUGGAGAUGGAUCAUUCUAUCUUCUCGACGCUCCAGGUCACACAGUUGGGCACCUUGCCGGGUUAGUACGGACGACCUCAGACCCAGAUACGUUCAUCUUCUGUGGAGGCGACCUUUGUCACCACGGCGGUGAGAUCCGCCCAUCCAAGCACAUCCGUCUACCCAAAGAGGUCCAAAUCGAGCUUCCGGAUCAAAUGGCGCCGUGGGUCUGCCCAGGGUCGGCACUCGAGCGACUCAACCAGAGUCGCUCCCGCGCAGCGGACGAGCCCUUCUUCAUCCCCAACCCAGGUUUUUGUUUCGAUGCGGAGGAGACGCUGACAACGAUCCUCAAGGCGCAGGAAGCUGACGCCGAAGAAAAUGUUCUGUUCAUCUACGCCCAUUCAAAAGCAGUCGAACGCUAUGCAGAUCUCUUCCCGCUCAUGGCUAAUGGGUGGAAGAAGAACGGUUGGAAAAGCAAGAUGCUAUGGGACUUUGUUAGGGACUUUAAGCCGGCGAUUGAUGCGCAGCAAGCUCCUGACUCUACAUAA